CUCCUGACGGCUCUCGCCACCGCCCUCGCCUGCCAACACCUGCGUCCCCGCCACGCCACCUUCCCCUGGGACAGCCUCCAGCUCCUCCAGGCCACGGCUCCCAGCCCCCCACACCCCUGCCACCGCCAGCACGCGCCCUUCCCCUUCCCCGACACCCUCCUCCGCACCAACCACCCACAGCAAGCCGCCGCCACCGCCCUCCGCAUCCUCCAGCACCUCUUCGCCACCCUCAGCAGCCCCACCACCCCCCAACACUGGGACGCCCAGGCACGGCACGACCUCCUCAACAACCUCCACCACCACAUCCA